CACCGCCCUGCGUGAUGCGGUCACGGUGCCGCCGCCGCGCCCUCUCACCGCGGUUUGAAUGUGAAGCGCAGCCGGAGCUCUCGGAGCCGCCGUCGCCAGCGCCGGGGGGGAAUCGCCAGGUUCUGCCAAAAUGGAGCUGAGUGAUGCCAAUUUACAGACUUUAACUGAGUAUCUAAAGAAAACACUAGAUCCAGAUCCUGCUAUAAGGCGUCCUGCGGAAAAGUUUCUGGAGUCAGUUGAAGGAAACCAGAAUUAUCCAUUGUUACUCUUAACGCUGCUGGAGAAAUCACAGGAAAAUGUCAUCAAAGUUUGUGCAUCUGUAACGUUCAAGAAUUAUAUUAAAAGGAACUGGAGAAUUGUUGAGGAUGAACCGAACAAAAUAUGUGAAUCAGACAGGAUAGCCAUUAAAGCCAACAUAGUGCCCUUGAUGCUUAGCAGCCCAGAACAAAUUCAAAAGCAGUUAAGUGAUGCUAUUAGUAUUAUUGGUCGGGAAGACUUUCCUCAGAAAUGGCCAGACUUGCUGACAGAAAUGGUGAACCGCUUUCAAAGUGGAGAUUUCUAUGUCAUCAAUGGGGUACUUCGCACUGCUCACUCCUUAUUUAAAAGGUACCGCCAUGAAUUUAAGUCAAACGAAUUAUGGACAGAGAUCAAACUUGUCCUUGAUGGCUUUGCUUUGCCCUUGACAAAUCUCUUUAAGGCAACUAUUGAACUUUGCAGCACACAUGCAAAUGAUGCUAGUGCUUUGAAGGUUCUCUUUUCUUCCCUCAUUCUAAUUGCGAAGCUGUUCUACAGUUUAAAUUUUCAGGAUCUUCCUGAGUUUUUUGAAGAUAACAUGGAAACGUGGAUGACAAAUUUUCACAGUCUUUUAACUUUAGAUAAUAAACUUUUGCAGACUGAUGAUGAAGAGGAAGCUGGAUUACUGGAGCUCUUGAAAUCACAAAUUUGUGAUAAUGCUGCUCUAUAUGCUCAAAAAUACGAUGAAGAAUUCCAGCCUUACCUGCCACGUUUUGUGACAGCAAUCUGGAAUCUGUUAGUCACAACAGGCCAGGAAGUGAAAUAUGACUUGCUGGUUAGUAAUGCAAUCCAGUUUCUGGCCUCUGUUUGUGAGAGACCCCAUUACAAGCAUCUGUUUGAAGACCAGAAUACAUUGACAAGCAUCUGUGAAAAAGUUAUUGUUCCCAAUAUGGAAUUUAGAGCGGCUGAUGAAGAAGCAUUUGAAGAUAAUUCUGAAGAAUAUAUAAGAAGGGAUUUGGAAGGAUCUGAUAUUGACACCAGGCGCAGAGCAGCUUGUGAUCUGGUCAGAGGCUUGUGCAGAUUUUUUGAAGGACCUGUGACAGGGAUUUUUUCUGGAUAUGUUAAUUCUAUGCUGCAAGAAUAUGCAAAGAAUCCAUCUGUUAACUGGAAGCACAAAGAUGCAGCUAUUUACCUUGUUACGUCUUUGGCAUCCAAAGCUCAAACACAGAAGCAUGGAAUAACACAAGCCAACGAACUUGUAAAUCUGACAGAAUUCUUUGUGAAUCACAUUCAACCUGACUUAAAGUCUGCAAGUGUGAAUGAAUUCCCUGUGCUAAAAGCAGAUGGUAUCAAAUAUAUCAUGAUUUUUAGAAACCAAGUACCUAAAGAACAACUGUUGGUAUCUAUUCCUCUCUUAAUCAAUCAUCUUCAAGCAGAAAGUAUUGUGGUCCAUACUUACGCAGCCCAUGCUCUUGAAAGACUGUUUACCAUGAGGGGGACAAAUAAUACCACCCUCAUUACAGCUGCAGAAAUGGCACCAUUUGUGGAAGUGCUAUUAACAAACCUUUUCAAAGCGCUCACACUUCCUGGCUCAUCUGAAAAUGAAUACAUUAUGAAAGCCAUCAUGAGGAGUUUUUCUCUGCUACAGGAAACCAUAAUUCCAUACAUCCCUUCUGUCAUCACACAGCUUACACAGAAACUGCUGGCUGUCAGUAAGAAUCCAAGCAAACCUCACUUUAACCAUUACAUGUUUGAGUCAAUAUGCUUGUCGAUAAGGAUAACAUGCAAAGCAAACCCUGAUGCAGUUGGAAGCUUUGAAGAGGCUUUGUUUAUGGUGUUCACUGAGAUACUACAGAAUGAUGUGCAAGAGUUCAUUCCAUAUGUGUUUCAAGUGAUGUCCCUACUUCUAGAAAUGCAUAAAAAUGAAAUCCCAUCAUCCUAUAUGGCAUUGUUUCCUCAUCUACUUCAGCCAGUAUUAUGGGAAAGGACAGGAAACAUUCCUCCUUUGGUCCGGCUCCUGCAGGCUUAUUUAGAGCGGGGUGCCAAUACAAUAGCAAGUGCUGCUGCUGACAAAAUUCCUGGAUUGUUAGGUGUAUUCCAGAAGUUGAUUGCCUCUAAAGCUAACGACCAUCAAGGAUUCUAUCUCCUAAACAGUAUCAUAGAGCAUAUGCCUCCUGAAUCAGUUGACCAGUACAGGAAACAAAUCUUCAUUCUACUAUUCCAAAGACUUCAAAAUUCCAAAACAACAAAAUUUAUUAAAAGUUUCCUAGUCUUCAUUAACUUAUACUGCAUAAAAUACGGGGCAUUGGCUCUGCAGGAGAUAUUUGAUGGCAUACAGCCAAAGAUGUUUGGAAUGGUUUUGGAUAAAAUUAUAAUUCCCGAAAUCCAGAAAGUUUCUGGGCAAGUUGAAAAGAAAAUCUGUGCUGUUGGCAUUACAAAAAUACUAACAGAAUGUCCUGCUAUGAUGGACACCGAGUACACCAAGCUCUGGACUCCUUUGCUGCAGGCCCUCAUUGGCCUCUUCGAACUGCCUGAGGAUGACACUAUCCCUGAUGAAGAACACUUCAUUGACAUCGAAGAUACUCCAGGAUAUCAGACUGCAUUCUCUCAGCUAGCCUUUGCUGGAAAAAAAGAACACGAUCCUGUAGGUCAAAUGGUGAACAAUCCUAGAAUCCAUCUGGCACAGUCUCUUCACAAACUGUCUACAGCAUGCCCAGGCAGGGUUCCAUCAAUGCUGAGUACUAGUCUGAAUGCAGAAGCGUUGCAGUAUCUCCAAGGAUACCUCCAAGCUGCAAGUGUGACACUGCUCUGAGUUGCAUAUAUUCCACAAGCAAGAUCAAAAGCGGUUUUGUUAUACAGAAGGUUGACACUGACUUUUUUAUAGCAGAGCUCAGACAAAAUGAAAAAUGCUACUUGAAAAUGUAUUGCAGAAUCCAUCUUGUACAAGAUAAAUGUGGCUUUAAGCUGAAAUGGAAAGAAUUUGGUGGUUUGUGUACUCAUAGAUAAAAGGUGGCUAACUUCCAUUCCCAGUUUAAUUUUGAAGGGAAUAGUCAUAGCGGUUUGUUAUGGGAUUUGUUUGAAAUCUGCAUCUGCAGUGUUUGGAUAACAUUUUGAAAUGUAUGGAGAGCACUGGCUGUAGAAACUCACUUCGGUCACUAAAAUUCCUUUUCAUUUUGAUGUUGUCCUUUGUAUUUCUUUUGUCUUUUCCUUAAACUUUAUCUAAAUUGUGAAUAAAUAAGAAGUACUUGUUUAAAAUGCCUGUCACUGUGCGCUUACUGUUUUAGAGGAAUGUAGUUGGUUUAAAAAAAGAGGCUAAUGUUUUAAACUUAGGAUAGAAUGUAGAAUAGUGGGACUGUGAGGAUUUUUCUUAAUCUCUUAAGUAAUAGUUUAAAUACAUUGUAGGAUCAUACGGAGCAAAUCUAAACUUUGGCAGAAGAUCCAAAGCUAUUAUCGCUCUUGAUACCCACCAACAGGUGCACCCCUUCUCCUUUGAACAAGAUAUGUCAGUGUAGUGCAGUAAAAGCAAGUAAUACACCCUCUUAGAGUGGGUAUCGGUCUCCAAGUGGAUUUUUAGUGAUGUAUUAAAGCUGAAGCAGUGAUUUUAGAGUUAACUCAGAUGUUCUCUCUGCCUCCUCAUAAAUAUACUGAUUAGCUUUGGUACCUUGAAUUCUAAAUGCAACAGUUUACCUUGUAGUUAUGGCUAUUUAAGUGACUAAAUGCCUGAGCUUUACUGUGUUCUUAGGUGGCCUGGGCAGCAAGCUACUAGACCACACAGGCUUUUAGAGCACUGGUACUGCAGGGGUGUAAAUAGAUCUAAUUAUAGAGACUGAAAAACUCCUGAAUAAGAGUGAAGUCUCAGGCUUAAUGUCAUAUUAAGCCAUGUCCUACAUGACAGAUUUUAGUUACUUGUCCACAGAAAUGCUGCAGGUGACUUGAAUCUGGACUGGUUGGUUGUAGUUAAAAUGCAUGUUGAAGCUGGGCCUUGUAUCAAGAAAGUUACUGAAACUACUGAGGGUGAACCAUAGGGCAGAAUCAGCUGUUCUUUCUUAGUAUCUGUGGCUGCCAUGUGAGAGCACACGCUGGCCAUAUCUCAAUAUAUAAAGAAAUUAGUUGCUUGUUAGACAAUGGAUUUAAACUACUAAGUGCCUAAAAAUGGGUUGAAUGAGUCAGUGUCAACAGGUUUUCUUGAAUCUGGUCUGUCAUGCAGUGUAAGACCCUCUUUGUUCCUAGGUAUGAAAUGAAAGCAGUUCUCAAGAGUGAAAUAAUACAGUGGUGAUCAGAAAAACAUCUGCCUUAAUGCUGAUGAGAGAGACUGUGAUGUGUGUUACGAGUUUGCCGAAGCGCCUUGUGGAAUGAAUGUCAAUAGACAGGCUGAAACCACAUGGGAGAUGUGUGACAUUUGCAAGGAACUGAAUGCCUACCUCGAAUGUCAGUGUUAAUUGAGCUGUGGUCAUUCAAAACCUGCAAGCUGAAAGGAUACUCAGAAAGCUGCUCUGCAGCUCUGUCUUCUUCCUUGGAUAGUGGGGAGAACAAUUCUACAGAGAACUUGCAGACCUUUUUUUCCUGUCAGCCUUGAAAAACCAGAAUUAAAUUGGUACUGGUGGUCCUGUAACAGUGCUGUGACAUGUUACCUUUGCAUCUCUUCAAGCAGACAGCCUAUUACACGUGUGUGCUAGACAACCUUGUGCUGAAAUGAGUUCUUCAGCAUGAUGCACUAUUAAGGGGUUUGUAUUAGGCCAUUUUAGUUCUGCAGUUCUAAGCAAGAUUUCUGUAAGGGUCAGGUUGCUGAGAUAUGCAAGUUAACAGACGUUUCUUAUCUUACCAGUAGCAACAUAGAUGGAACUGGACAGGAUUUACAGCAACAACCCAGAACCUUUUUGAAAGGCAGCCAGAGAAAAAUUGGCUCUUCUGAAUGGAAACAUAUGGGUGAAUCUCGAUGUUCACGAUCUUGCACUUCCUGCAACGUGUGACUUUUUGUUGUUGGACAGACAUUCUGUGUGAGUAAGUGCCUAAGUGACUUCAGAUCAACAAAUACUAGUGGCAUACUUGUCCUUUAGUUCACUCAGAGUAACUUAGACUUUGUAGACGUGGCUGUGGCACCGUUAGUGACAUGUUAUUUAGUCCUGACAUGUUCUGCACAUUUCGUAAGGCAUGCAAGUGUUUGUAUAGAGCACUGACCCUUUCAGGGAAAUGAACUUUUCAAGUGUAAUGCAGGCAAGCAGAUGCAUCUCUGCUUCAGGGUACAGGCAAAUGGUAUUGGCUGCGCCCUCGUCUUCAUUUAGGUGGAGACCUUACUGCUGCUUCUGACACCUCCCAUUCUCAAGAUUCAGAAGGCAACACAAUGUUCUGAUUACAUUGAUCUGUUAAUUUUAGUGGGAACUGGUGCAAGUAAUGUCAUGACAGUGUUUUUGCCGAUUGUUGAACUUUUCUAGGCCACCCUUCAGUGUAUUCCUUGUUAAGUAGUUGGGCAAAUACGAGUUUCUUUACAAAGCUCAGGCUGGAAACAACCUGGUGUCAGUGGAUCUUCUGAGGCUUGGGAGCAUCUAAUUCAUUGUUAGACCGUUAACUCCUGCCCAUCACCUGAGAUCAUCUUCUGAAACACUUUUGAAAAUAAGUAGCCAAUUCUCCUUUGCAACUAUAAUAGCAGAUUAUUCAAAUUCAAGAGGAAAAAGAUUACUUGCUCCUUUUUGAGUAUGAAAUGGGCAAAGGGACACCUAUUCUGGGAUCUUCUGAUGCCACAUAACUCUAUAACCUGCUGUCCUUUUCUGGAGCCUACUGACUGACUUGUGGGUUGUCAGCUUCUAGAUAACGUCCUGGGGCUUUUGUAGCAGAAGAAAUACCUUAUUGUUGGUUUAAGGUGGGGGGGAAGAUAGUCACCACCACCCUCAAGACGAGUCAUAUUCUUGUUUUCUUGGGUCAUAAUUGGGCCACGAUAUGACCAGCAUUCCUGCAGUGGUGGCAGCACAUACUAAAGCAAAGUUCUAUUUUUCUUCAUACAAAUACAUGCUAAGAUGAGGGUCAUCCUCUCAGUGAGUCAGAUGUUUCAUUCUGAAAAUUCUCUGAGGAGGCCAGAGCACACUCUUUCAGCUGAUUUCUGCUUUCAGAAAACUUGAUCUUCUUUAGGCUCUUCUAUUGGGCUGCACUUCUUCGACUGUGGUGUGUACUUCUGUACUCAUUCCACCACCUUUCCUACAGGAACAGCCUUCCUGAGAGCUGUAAUAUUGUCAAGAAGUGGAGGGUAGGCCAGAAUGAAGCUGUCAGAGCAUGUCUUUGUACUGUAACCAUAAGGCAUCGUGUAAGAUUCUGGCUUAAUGCUGGUCACAGCAAUCUUUGUUUACAGUUCGUUCAGUUAUACCUUUCCCUGAAGUUCACUCAUCCUUGUACAGCAAAGGGUUGUCAUUCCCUUUGUCAGUCCCAACCCUGCACGCUUCAAACUGUCAAAAAUGCUGGUGAAUCACUUGGAAAACAUUUUGACAAAACUGUGGAAGAAGGUUGGAGUGUGGGAUCCAUGCACCUGCACGAGCUUGGAUAAUGAAACCAGCUUGGCUGCAGCAGUAUGGGGAUGUCAGCAUCCAGCUGCCUUUGGGGGAGUAAAUUGUCUCACCUGACAAACAGAGCUGCCUCUGCCAGGCUGCACACAGCGCUGCACGGGAAGCUGGUCUGGGUACAGCUACACCCCGUGCGCUGCAAUGGCUCGUACUUCCCUUGUGCCAAAGCUCCUCAGCACCAAACCUUGACAUUUGUCUUAAAACAGCUUAAUCCUUUCUUCAUAGGAACAACAGGAUUGCUUAAAAGCUGUUACCUGUAUUGCUGAUUCCAUCAACAAAAUAAAGCUAAGAGUCAUGCCUGUGCUUUUAGCCCUCAGCAGAAGUAUUACCAAAGCAUCUUCUCCUGCUUCAGGUGUUUGCUUUUAGAAUCGUGCAGUUGUGAACUGACAAAGACAGGCUCCGGGUGUGAGUUCUCUGUGAACAUUUAAAUCUAUCUAUAAACUUACCAGCUCUCACAGUAGGGUAAAUGCUUUGUUUUCCCUUUGCUUUCUACACUUACUUAUUUAAAUGAAGUCAUUAUUGCCUUUAACAUAAUUUAGAGGAAAUCUGAGGUGUUCCUGGGGGAUGUGGGCAGUAAUACCAGGUACCAGCUAGUACAUGAAAGGCUCAGUUCUUCCAUUGACAGCUAGUUGCAAAGUGACUACAGGCUUAAAACUUGUCAAUAAUCUAAUUCACGCGAGGUCAAAGCUUAUGCUGGACUUGCUGUAUUGUAUUCAAGAUGAGAAUAAAAGAAAAUGCUUUAAUAAUAAAGUAAUAAAUCUUAAUAGAAGGUAAAAGAUAUUUUGUUACAAGUGAAUAAUGUGUCAGAAAAGCAAAAUAAAGGGGGUUUAGCACAGCUAGUUCUUAUAUUUAGCUUCCUAGUAAAAAGUUGUCAUUUUCAAAAGCUGUGAAGAGAAAUUCACACUGGUUUUGUGCCUGAUAUAGGGGUAUUUUGAAGUAAGUAUUUAACAAAGAAAAUAUAUUAAUAACAAAUAGCAGAUUUCUACAUGAACAUCUGAGAUUAGUGUAAUUGCAGACUGCUGCAUAAAAGACAAUGAAAGUUUCAAAUAUUUUCCUAAUUAUUAGCUAGAAAUAAGUCUCUGUCCUUGUUUAAGCUGCUGCAUAGAGAAGAGUGGAAAAGUCUUCUGUAACACUUUUGAAUAAUUAAUAAUCAUACAUGUAAUAGAGGAGCAAAUAUCCUUCAGAUGAAAGGACAAAUGCGUUGGGUAUUUGAGUGUUCCUUGGACUUCUGAAUUACAUAGGUAUUUGUUUAAAUUAUGUUCAAUUUUGUAAUCUGGCUGCAGACACAUUUUUGUCCCAAUCCUGCAGAUUUUACACUAACCCAGAAGUUCACAGUUUUCUGGAAAAAGAGAACAUAAACCUGAACUUUUAAUCUGGGAACUCAAUCUGGGAACAGAAAGUGAAGUUGGGGCUUCCCUGUCUCCAUUGAACUUUCAACACAAAACCUGCACCAAUGUUGUUUCUGUUACAGACAACCUGAAGCCUUUGCAGUAACCAUUACACAACAGUUGAAAUUUCAUUUCCUUCUGAAAUAUAACUGUUGCUGGCUUGGAAUACUUAAAGCAUCUAACAGCACACGUUGUUAUGCAACAGACCACAAGAACAUAUGAAUAGGUGUGUAAAUGUGAUAUGGGAUAUAUAUCUAUAUACUUAUAUACUGGAGAAUGUCUUCUAAAUGCUCUAUUGUCAAUUGAUUUUAAGUGUAUGAUGUAUUUUCUUUAUGGUAUCUUUGGAAUCCAUAUCAGUGUUAAAUACAGAAGUGGAUAUGGAGCUUUAGGUAUAUUGGGUUUUAUUUCUGAUUUGUUUUGCUGAAAUGUUGUCGCUGUGAUUCUCUGCACUGACUGACUGAAGGCUUUUGUGUUUUCUGUAGAAUUAAGUUCCAUGUGUUGGUCAGUAAAUGUUGUGGGCUUGUGAAAGCCACUUUGUUUUGCUGAACAAUGCCAGAAAUUACCAACGUGCAGUUUAAUGAUGCCAUAGGGUUUAAAUGCAACCUUGUGACUUAAAAUGUAUUUUUACCUAUUAAGAAAGAUAAAGUAUUUCUAAACCAAAAA